AUGGCUACAAAAGACCGGUGGCGUGCAAGCUUUCAAAAGCUUUCAUCCAAAAUUAGUAAAAACCAACGCCUCUGGAGACAAAGCCCCAAGAUCGGAGAACUAAGGGAAUCCGUCUUUAUUUCUGCCGACAGUAAGAGAGACAACGAAAGGCGACUUUCAAAUGUUGCGUCUGGUGCGUUCGUUAACGAUCUGAGCGGCGAGCGUCAGAAAGCGAGCGCCCCUAGGCGACGGACCUUAGCAGAUUCGGAACUGAAGAAGCCCCAGGUUAGAUUCGAGCUACAGAGAGAUCAGGCUCAGCGACCCCUGUUUAUCGAUGGACCGGACAGUAACGAAGAGGAUCUGUUGGCAGACUGGGCAGUUGAAGAAGAAGUGGUGAGCGAUAUAGUCAAGCUCUUACCAGACCGGCCCCGGGCCGAUUCACCCACUUUGGGUGCCGAGGGUGUCGUCAUUCAACGAGACUGCGGAUACAACAGCCUUGGCAGAGCUUCUCAUUAG